AUGCGUCGCAUGUUCCAAUGCACAUGGCGUGUCGGAUGUUCUGGGCAACGACGCUCGCUUCUCACCUUAACAGCGGCUCAGUUUUUACACAUCCUGGAGGCACCACUGACCACAACGGAGGCUGCAUAUGCUGAAGAUCCACUCUCAAAGCUGACAGAGGUUCAAAAAGGGAGAAUUCUGCAGGCAGCUUCAUUGCAUGCGAUGGAAGCUAGCUUUCCAAGCAGCGUCAUUUCAGAGGCACCGGCAGGAAUGCGAUGCAAUGGAGCAAGAAGAGGCAAGAAUCAGAGUCCACACGACUUUUUGUGCGAUGGGGGCAAUGUAGAGUGCAAGGGCACCUCCAUGCUGUGGGAACAGUCCAGAAGGAGUUGGGUGGCACGGUGGCAAAGCGUCAAAUUCCUCCAGUCUGCCGGCAUGAUUCAUCAUUUAGUCCUGGCGAUGCACACUCCUGGACGAGUUGACAUCUUGUUGCACGAUCAUGCCUUCGGCAUUGCAUUCUCAGGCAAAACAACGAAAAUUCGAGGGCAUUCCAUUAAGGUUGUUGGUGAAAGGGGGCUUCUAUGCUCGAAGCAAGCUGCCCAGAAGAUGCUGCACAAGAUGGUCGAUGCACCAGGCUCUUGCCUGCGACUGCAGUCGUGGGAAAUAUGCGACAGCAUUUUGACACGCCUCAUUUGUGAGGAGUCUGCUCGUGAGGGUACAAUGCUGGCACACUGCUACCGCAAUGUGCCUCUGGCUGGCAAAUCUGCAAGUUCAAGAGGCAACUCUUUGCAGAAGAUAGCUUUCGAGGUGGAUCGUGUCAGGCACCCGCACUCUGUGUUCAGGAGCAGCGUGGGGGAACUGGAUCUGAUAGGCAUGCGGAAGGUUCAGCGGCGCGGCAUCGCGCGGGGCAGUGCUGAUUGGCUGCGCGAUUCUGUCCGAGUGGAGUUCAAAAGUUCGAAACUGCGUUGGUCUGAGUGGCACUCUUGUUGGCUGGUAUCUUUCCAUGGUGUCAAAUUUUCGCUUGCCUCAUCAACCUUCAGGGCUGCAGCAUUUGAUGAGCUAUGGCUUGGGCUGUACAGCCCUAUGGGUCUUCAUCUAUUGAAACAUCUCGGUGACUUUGGAGUCUCCACUCGUGGUAUACGAACCCAGGCCGACGGCCACGCUGUAACCGUAUACGGCCCAAAGGGAGAGGAAGACCCCAUGGCUGCACUGCAGGUCAUCUUGGGCAAGUUUCGUGGAGCCAGCUGCGAGCUGUUGGCUGUCAUCACCUGGUGA